CUCUGCUGAAUUCCAGGGAAAAUUUUCUCUCCCCAAAAAGUUUCUUUUCUUCUCCAAUUCUCUCGAUCGGAAAAAGAAAAACGUGGUGAAUCAAAAGAAAGGAUGGGAGAGAAUCUCCGGCGCAACAUUCCGAUUCUGUCUCUGGUUACUGAGGCCUGCAUGUGUGAGUUCACUCGGACUAAUUCGGACUUCUCUGGUUUUACCGUUGAGAGCUCCAGAGAUCGUGCUGGAGAUGCUGAACUGAGGAUAAACAUUAAUCUCUUUUCAUGAACCCCAGCACUCCGACUACACGCAGUCACACUAACGGCAGAUAUGCUUCCACCCCAGUUCUAAUGGAUCCCAAAGGCACCAUCGUCUUUUCCACCAUUAGCAGGCCAAACUAUGGCUUCGAUGUCUUCUUUGUCCAACUAAACCACAUCACUGUCGCCAUUGAGGACCGCCUCACUGAUGGCUGCUCUGUCAACUUCAACGCCCAAUUCGUUGAUGAAGACCAAUCCGUUGUCUUUGUCUCCGAAAGAUCAAGAUCGCGCCGAAUCUAUCUCACUCGCCCUGGCCUACCCAAUCUCGACUGGGCAGCUCUUCACUCAACUGAAAUCGAUGAUAAGGAUAAGAAAAUUACGCGGUUGACCCUUUACGAAGCCGUCGAUUAUAGCCCUACAGUUUCCAAGUCUAGGAAAUUUCUUGUCGUCGCAUCUUAUGGGUCUCGCUUGUGGGGCGGUGAAUUUCACGAGCUCAACAUGGAUAUAGUUGUUUUCCCAAAAUCCGACUUGAGGAUGAUGACGAUGAUUCGAGUGAUGGCAAGGAUGAUGAAUCAAAUGCUGAGAGCGAUUUGUCCGACGAUUCGUUGGCUGAGGUUGAUUCGGACGAUGAAAGCCUCAUCCCCAUCGGUGAGAGCGAAGAUUGCAGACGAAAUUCAUUUCAAAAUUGAAAUUCAUGGGUUUGAGAGUGAAAUUGAAAUACAUGGACUUUACUCUUUAGAAUUACCUUGCUGAAAUGCAUGUAUUUCAUGUAAAUCCAAUUACUUUCUGUUUAGGUGAAAAUAAACAGUGAUAUUGAAU